AUGCGUCAAAAAAGUCGUAAGGAACAAAUCAAACCAAUAUCAUCUUCUGUUUGUUACUGUGAUGGUAGACGUGAAUUAGGUUCGUUGGAACUGUUUUGUGUCGGCUGCCGAAAGUGGUUUCAUGGACGAUGCCUCAGAGAUCUCACUGAAUUCUAUGGGCUGUCGUUUAUGGUGUGCUAUGUGUUCAAUUGUGCCGAAUGCAGUCCAAGCAAGAAGGAGACGUGGACACCGAAACAAGCGAAUUUCGCACACAUGUGUGUGACAGUGCUUGCGAAUCUGACCUAUCAGGCGAUCAAGAAGAAGGCCGACCAGGAGGGUGCUGCAGUCACGGGCACACUUCACGAGCCGGUUUUUUGCAGUCUCGAGGAAGAAAUUAUCCCAGUGAAGAACACUUGGCAUCAGACCCUACUGAAGACGCUGAGCAAAGAGACUGAAUUGUUCGAGGCAACGUCCACCGAAAACGGUCAUGCGUUCGCGCUGAAAGAACGAAAUCUGCUCGCCAUUGGACCCGUUCAUGAAGCUUUAAAACAGAUUGGUCGGAAUAAGGCAUCCGGGUCGUCGUCGCAACGCGAUUCCUCGAAAGAUCUGCUGGAUAAGUUGGAGGAUUCGAGUGAUGGACCGAAAACGAGAGGCUCUUCGAAGAGACGAAACGUUGACGGAGGAAACGCUUCUCUCAAGAAAACAAAAUUCACUGCAGACUAUUCAUCAACUCGUAUCGCCGGAAUUGCGUCGCCUAUUGAUUUUCCAUUCAAUCGAGAAGGUUAUCGCUACUAUUUGGUGGAAAAAGACUUGUGUGUCCCGAAUAGGGAGUUGCUAGAACAAGAAGAUAGCGGGUAUGCAAAACCAAUUCCAGCACAUAUCUACCGUGUUGUUGUGCAUCCGACGGUGACACUGUCACCGAAUGAUAGAGCUUAUCAGUUGAAACUGUCUGAGGAUCGCCUCUCGCUGACUGGCUUCGAAGGCUAUUGUGUGGCACGUGCAACACACGCAGUUGCGCACGGCACUUGGUAUUAUGAGGUGAUGUUCACGUCGCAGCCAGCCAAUUCACACAUUCGCAUUGGUUGGAGUCAAGCAUUGGGUAGGCAUUGCUCAAGUGAUUGCAGUUAUGUCUCGAUAAAUUUAUCAAGAUUAAACAUGUUUUCAGCACCUGUGCAAGCAUGUUGCGGUUAUAACAGUUUUUCGUAUGGAUGGCGGAGUCGUAAAGGAACGGUGUUUCAUCAAGCCAAGGGUAAACACUACGCGUCGAAAGGUUUCAAAGAGGGCGAUGUUUUGGGGUGUUUGGUCAGUUUGCCUCUCACUCCAGCCGAUCGUGAUUAUAAAUUUGCUAGCAGCAGUAACGUGCCUCCAUCAACCUCAUACCUACCGCCGUCACACAAAGAUUUGCCGCUGAUCAAUUUCAAACAUAAUUAUUUCUAUGAGGAAAAAGAGGAUCAGCAAGAAGCAGUGAAGAAUCUUCACCCAUUGAGUGGCAGUUAUAUAAAAUUCUUCCGGAACGGUCAGGAUUGUGGCGUUGCGUUCCGUGAUCUGUACGCUGGCUUCUAUUAUCCGGCUGUAUCGUUGUAUCAGAAUGCAACAAUCAAGUGUAAUUUCGGACCAACAUUCCGAUUCGCACCACCCAGAGGCGUUCGGGCAAUGUGCGAGAGGGUCGAAGAGGCCUACGUCGAGCAGACGCUCUCGGACAUUGUGUUUUUGGUCGAAAAUGAGAAGAAACUUGCCGAAGAAACUAAUGCUUAUCUGGCAUCGUGA